AUGUCUACUUUCACUUACAAUUCUGCUUUCAAAUUAUCUGAGUCCCCUUUUAAUCCCGCCAUUGGUUCUUCUUCUUCUUCCACCGCCUUCGUCGCAGCCUCCGAUGAUGAUACCGACGACGCUUGCAGCAUCUGUCUCGAGUCUUUCACUCUCCAGGAUCCUGCCACUGUUACCAGUUGCAAACAUGAAUAUCACCUUCAGUGCAUCAUUGAAUGGUCACAGAGAAGCAAAGAGUGUCCUAUUUGCUGGCAAUUGUUUGUUCUGAAAGAUCCUGUUAGCCAAGAGCUUUUGUCUGCUGUGGAAAAGGAAAGACUGAUGAAAACAAGGAACAUUUCUUCAUCCUCUCCAAGAUCCAUUCAUCACUCUCAUGAGGAUUAUCACUCAGAUGAGGAGGAAUCACAGUUUAGCAGCUUUGAUGAACAAUUCUUGAGGCAUCUCACUGAAGCUGCUCAUAUGCGUUGUUUGCUUCGCAGAAGGGAGGCUCCAAUAUCCUCAAGUCUUGUUUCGUCCAAUGAUUCAACUACCAAUAUUGAUCACAUCUCUGCUAUCAUAAACACAAACCCUGGUCUGAGUCCUGGCUUAACGACCCCGUCUCCUGCCUCUGGCCACUCUUCUGUUCCUUCUCCAGAUAGCAGCAACGGAACCAGAAUCUUCCCUGGACGUUCUCCAUCUAGCUCAUCUCAAAGUCCAGAUCCAUCUAAAGCAUCCUCUCUUCCGGAAGCCAUUAAAUCCAAACUAGCUGCUGCUUCCGCAAAGUACAAAGAAUCGAUCUCUAAAAGUAAACAAGGUCUUAAAGAGAAGCUUCUUGCACGCAACAACUCGGUGAAAGAACUGAGCAAAGGAGUGCAACGUGAGAUGAACGCAGGAUUAGCUGGAGUUGCAAGGAUGAUCGAACGCUUUGAUCUUGCUUCAAAACGUUUUGGUGGGUCUGCUCAUGUAUCGACCUCCACUACUACUACUACUACUUCGGGUUUCAACUUCUCAUUCAAAGGGAAACGUGUUGAAGCCAAUCCCAAGUCUACCAACAAUGGGGACUAA